AGUUUGCCCAACUCUCCAGAGAGCGUUUUCACGCUCUUUUCCGCGCGCGGCGUGUCUAAUGUGUCUCACCCUCUUCAGAUAGUUCGUCAUGAGGCCGCUGUCUGUCUCUCUGCUCUUUUUCUUCAUUCAGUUUCUGGGUUUGUCUCUCCAACAGUUCCCACGACCAUGCACCACUCCAGAGGUCCUGCGGAGCAAGCAGUGCUGUCCGGUGUGGCCAGGUGACGGUUCGGUGUGCGGGGUGAGCUCGGGUCGAGGCUUCUGCCAGGACGUCACGGUGUCCGAGCUUCCCGACGGGCCGCAGUACCCACACACCGGCGCGGACGACCGGGAACGGUGGCCUCUGGUGUUCUACAACCGAACCUGCCAGUGCGCCGGGAACUACAUGGGCUUCGACUGCGGCGAGUGCAAGUUCGGUUACUUCGGAGACAACUGCGGGGAACGGCGAGAAUCCGUGCGCAGGAACAUCUUCCAGCUGUCGGUGACGGAGAGGCAGCGGUUCAUCUCGUACCUGAACCUCGCCAAGACCAGCAUCAGCCCCGAUUAUGUGAUCGCGACGGGCACGUACGCGCAGAUGAUCAACGGCACGAGCCCCAUGUUCGCGAACAUCAGCGUGUACGACCUGUUCGUUUGGAUGCACUACUACGUGUCCCGUGACGCGCUGCUCGGGGGUCCCGGUAACGUGUGGGUUGACAUCGACUUUGCGCACGAGUCGGCGGCAUUUCUGCCCUGGCAUCGCGUGUACCUGCUGUUCUGGGAGCAUGAGAUCCGCAAACUGACCGGAGACUUCAACUUCACCAUCCCGUACUGGGACUGGCGUGACGCGCAGGACUGUCAGGUGUGCACGGACGAGCUGAUGGGCGCGCGCAGCCCUCUGAACAUGAGCCUCAUCAGCCCAUCCUCGGUGUUCUCCUCGUGGAAGGUGAUCUGUACGCAGCCCGAUGACUACAACAAUCGUGAGGUGCUGUGUGACGGAUCGCCAGAGGGGCCGUUACAGCGUAACCCUGGAAACCACGACCGCAACCGGGUCAGACGGCUACCAACCUCUGCAGACGUGGAGUCGGUGCUGAGCCUUACAGAAUACGAGACGGGGUCCAUGGACCGACGGGCCAACCUGAGCUUCCGGAACGCUCUGGAAGGUUUUGCAAAUCCGGAGACGGGAUUGGCAGUAACGGGUCAGAGCACGAUGCACAACUCUUUACAUGUCUUUAUGAACGGAUCCAUGUCUUCAGUGCAAGGGUCCGCCAACGACCCCAUUUUUCUACUGCAUCAUGCAUUUAUCGACAGUAUCUUUGAGCAGUGGCUGAGGAGACAUCAACCUCCCCGGACGCAUUACCCAACAGCCAACGCUCCAAUCGGACACAAUGGCGGGCAUUUCAUGGUCCCCUUCAUCCCUCUGUACAGAAACAGAGAUUAUUUCCUGUCCACCAAAGCUCUGGGAUAUGAAUAUGCAUAUUUACUCGAUCCCAGUCAGCGGUUUGUGCAGGAGUUUUUGACUCCGUAUCUAGAGCAGGUCCAGCAGAUCUGGCGUUGGCUGUUGGGAGCAGGGAUCCUGGGAGCGCUCGUGGCAGCAAUUAUUGCAGCAAUUAUCGCCGUGGCCUGUCGUAAAAGGCAAAGGAGGCAGAAGAUGUCGGCAUACGGGGAGAGGCAACCACUACUGAACAGCAGUGAAGAGGAAGGCUCGACUUCAUAUCAGACAACACUGUGAAACCAGACACACACACACACACACACACACACACACACACACACACACCAUACAGGCAUGUGUCAGCAAGGACAGAUAUACUGUAGCAGUGGGGAAAGACACAAAAGCCAGUUAAAAAACGAGUCUCGACCCUGAGCUGAAGUCAUGUGACGUGAUCUCACACCGAACUCUGGCCAGGUCAAGUCCAGGUCAUACUUCACCCCAAAAAUCAAAAGACAAACGUUAGAAAGUAAUACUUAUAAGACCGUUAAGAUUUGUUAUAUUGUGGCAUUGUCAUGACGUUCAUUAAUUAAGCAGCCCUCCUGUAAAACAGUUCUGAAAAUAAUAUAUACAAUUAAAUUCAGUACAACAAAUAUUACCUUGAUAUACAUUUACUGUUGUGUUCGGUAUUACACAUGUGUUUUAAUAUUAAAAUAUCUUCUCUUUUGCAAUACUGCAGUAAACACUGGGGGAAUGAUUUUACAAAACACUUAAUUGUUACAAAAUGUGCACAAUGCAAAGCAUCUUAAUGAUCCUAAAAAUAUGAUAUAUAUUAUAGAAUAUGAAUAUAUUAUAUAUAUUUAAAUAUUGAUAUAUAUAUGUGUGUGUGUGUGUGUGUGUGUAUUUAUAUAUAUGUGUGUGUGUAUGUAUGAGUGCGUGUGUGUGUGUGUGUGAGUGCGUGUGUAUAUAUGUGUGUGUGUAUAUUUAUAUAUAUGUGUGUGUGUGUGUGUGUGUG